AUGCGGUUUUUCAUAGUUUUCUCUCUGAUUUCGUCGGUUUUUGGGGAACUUCGUCGAUGUAGGCCCGAACUUUCAAGUGAAAGAGUGCUUAAUUAGUAAGUCAUGGCUUUAAAAAAAUUAUUUAUAUUCAUUGUUAUUUUCGUACUUAUAACAUGUUCGUCAUUUUCAGCUCAUUUUUCACGCCGGAAGACUGCGAUCUCUAUGACAUUGAUAUUUUUUUCGAAGAGGAAGUCAAGUUUUCCUUGGAUAUUGACAGUACAAAUUGUGAGAGGAGAAGUCCUGAGGCUCUCAUGACAAGGUAAAAAAAUUAUUCGGAAAUAUAAAAAAAAUAUAUAUUAUUUUAGGUUCAAAAUCGACCUUGACAAGAGACAUUCGGAUAAUUAUGUGUUCAUCGAAUAUCAACCCGCAUAUCGAGUGUUUGGGAUCCGAAUGAACGAGGAGUGAGUUGAGCAUUAGUCGUUCCAGAAAGUGCGUCGACUUUUUUCGGCCUUUAUCCGCGAAAUUUUUGACAAUUUCCUGCACGGUGCGGAUUGAAUUUGGAAAAAGUUCCUUAUUUUGGCCACAACAAAGGUACUCCGCGAACUGCGCCCAAGCUUGGGCACUAAAGUUAGGAAAAAACGCUUCGACCUAGCUGGCACUGAAUUACUAUAAUAGCCCUAGUUUUAAGGGUACCUACGAAGGCUGCGACGACUCAUUUAGUUCCAUACGGAGGCAAUAAGUUUAGUUCCCGACAUGUUUCAUAGUAUAAAGUGUAAAAUCACAGGCUGCAGCCGUUUUUGAAGGGUAAGGUGGUACGUAAAAAAGAAGGUACCUCACUAACUAAAUCCACUGUCCGGGCAUUGACAACGAUGAAUUGAGCGUGCACGCUAAAUUUGGGCUAAUUCCGACCAGUUUCCGCAAAGUUAUAAGUUGUGGCCAAAAUAAGGAACUUUUACCUUGAAUUUUUUUAAAGUUACACGGUGAUUUUUUUUUAUUUUUAGGCUUGCCGCCAAUUGUUUUACCGGGGAAAUCCUCAAGUUACGUGUGUUUUCCAACGGCGCUGUCUCCCUUUUGGAAGGAACAUCAUGCAGUCAAAGGAGGAAUGUGGAGUGAGUUUUGAGCAGAAAAUGGAGCAACAGUAGUUUAGCCUCUGUAUAACGUACGUUGAACCGAAAAAUGUGUUCGCUUUGCCAAGGUUUUGAUCGUUAUAGAGAGGUUUUGUUGUACAGAGAUUUAUCAUGGGCUUGAAAUGGGUCAUAGGAGCCUUGUUUGUCAUAGAGAGGUUUUGUUUGUUAUCGAGAGGCUUUGUUCGUAAUAGACAGUUUUUGUUCGUUUAGAGGGAUUUUGUUUGUUAUAUAGAGGUUUUUUGGCUUAGAAUUGAAUUUUGUCACCUUUGUUUGUUAUAGAGAGGGGCGUUUGCUAUAGCGAGGUUUUGUUGUACACAGGUUCAGUUUAGCCUGAAAUUGAGGCCUUUGUUGGCUAUAGAUAGUUUUUGAUAUAAAAAAUGAUAACUUUUUUUCAGAGUUCCCAGCUUCAAGGAAUCGGAUUUGCUCAAAAUUUCGAUUCAACUCGAUUUCUCGGGCCUAAAAUCGGAUCUAAAAACCUGUAUUAAAUUCACCAUCCCUCAGGGAUUUCUGAUGAACCAGAAUAAUAAAAAGAAGGCGGGCUCAAGAAAUCGCAUUCAAAUCGGUGUUAUGAUGAUUAUUUUGCUUUUUAUUUUGUGA